AAACACACAUUCAUGGUUAUUUGACUGUUUCUUGACAACGUCAUUGAUUAAAUUUGCAUUAAAAAUAAUAUUGUAAUUAUUAAUAAUAAUACAAAAAAAUGGCUCAGGAAGUUGAAGAGACUAUGAAGAGAAUUCAAUCUCAUAAAGGAGUUGUUGGUACAAUUGUCGUUAAUUCUGAAGGUAUACCAAUAAAAACAACAAUGGAUAAUACAACAACUGUUCAGUAUGCUGGUUUGAUAAGCCAAUUGUCAGAUAAAGCAAGAUCUGUCAUUCGUGAUUUGGAUCCAACAAAUGAUUUGACAUUUUUGAGAAUUCGUAGUAAAAAACAUGAAGUUAUGGUUGCACCUGAUAAAGAAUUUAUACUAAUUGUGGUACAAAAUCCGGUUGAUUAGUUUAAAAUUAAUUUAAAAAAAUACUGCACUCAAAAAUUUUAUAAAUUCAUUAAUAUCAUUUGUUAAAUUUUUCUUUUACAAUGAUAAAUAAUAACAUCAAUUAUUCACUUAAUUACUAAUCAUUUUUUAAUGUGCAAUGGAAAAUUUACUGUCAUAAAUAAAAUAACAAAACUUUUUGUAUUUUUUGGGCACCAAAACUGACAGGCAGUCAAUGUUUAUUUAGCACAAUUAAGUUGAUUAUUUUCUUUUUCGUGUCAAUAUGAAUGCUGGUUUUAAUUCAAUGAAUAAAUUGUAAAUGCCAUUAAAAAAAAUAUUUAUUUCACAUUAAGAAUAAAUUUAUUAUUACAAAUAUA